AGUCACUCUCUCCUCCAUUCCUAGAAAAUACUCAUUUUAACUCAGCUGAAUAAACACGGUGGGAGGAUUCGUUGACGCAACGCCGUGUUCGCACCGGAGAUGGCAAUAGCUGAGGAGAAGUCAGCGUCCGAUGGCAAGGUCUGGGGACUUUUUAAGCUUCCUUUUCGACACUCUGGAAACGCUAAUAACGGCGCUAUGUCGUCUUCCUCGGCGUCGCAUCAACACGGUCUAAGUCAGCAUCAAGUUGAAGGAUCAAACCACCAUGGUUCCAGUAAUUCGGUUUCCUCAGUUGCUAAGUCGUUGCUGCCUACUAGGCGUCGGCUCAAGCUUGAUCCGACGAACAAGCUUUACUUUCCUUAUGAACCUGGCAAACAAGUCAGGAGUGCUAUCAGAAUUAAAAACACAAGCAAGUCGUUUGUAGCAUUCAAGUUUCAAACAACUGCACCAAAGAGCUGUUUUAUGCGUCCUCCUGGUGCAAUUCUGGCUCCUGGUGAGAGCCUCGUAGCAACUGUGUUCAAGUUUGUUGAGCCUCCUGAGAACAAUGAAAAGCCAAUGGAGCAGAAGAGCAAGGUUAAGUUUAAGAUCAUGAGUUUGAAAGUGAAAGGUGCAAUGGACUAUGUGCCAGAGCUGUUUGAUGAGCAGAAGGAUCAAGUUGCCAUAGAGCAAAUAUUGCGGGUUGUUUUUCUUCAUCCUGAGCGUCCUUCUCCAGCUUUGGAAAAACUGAAGCGCCAAUUGGCAGAGGCUGAUGCUGCAGUUGAGGCCCGCAAAAAGCCUCCAGAGGAUACUGGUCCAAGGAUUAUUGGAGAAGGACUAGUCAUUGAUGAAUGGAAAGAACGAAGGGAAAGAUACCUUGCUCGACAGCAGGUUGAAGGAGUGGAUUCUGUGUAGAGUUGCAUUCUUCAGCUUGCUUUAUCAUAUCAUUUAAAGGUUACACAAUCCUUUCUUGACCAUACCGCUAAAAUCAUUGCCUGUUACGUGAAGGAUGUUUUGAGUAUAUUUGUUGAAUGAAUGCCGUAGAAAAGCCCUCUUUUGUUGUAAAAAAGUGAGCCGAACUCUGUGUAAUUGGAGACUUCAAAUCCAGCUAGUUACCACCUGCUUGUAGAUAGUUUGGAUUUUGCGUCAACCCCUGAGAAACAAUUAUAUAUAACUUGUCUUCGUGAUAUUUAUAAUUCAUUACAUUGUUCUUUUUCUGCUUUUUUUUUAAUACAUUUGAUUAUGAGUU